AGGCAUCUUUAUCAUAACCCGCACUGAGACAACACUUGCACUAUUCUGAUUUCCCUAAGAAACUUUUUCCCUUUUUCACCUCACAAUCUCCAAAAAGUGCCACACCGUAGCAUCUCUUUACUUUUUCCUGAUCAAUGAGAGCGCAGGCUUGAAUAGAUAUGUAUCUCGCAUUCCUCUUCCAGUAGAGCACGACUAUAAGCAUCGGAUCUAUUCUCCAAAUCUGAGCUCAUUUUGUAGAUGAGACAUCUCUUUCCAUCAACUAACAGCACGUAGCCACCCCUACAUUAAAACUUCUCACCGCCGUUAUCUCAAUCAUGUGGGUCCGAAUCAACUUUAUCAAGGCGAUAACCAAAAGCAAGGUUCUGCAACCUUACUUGGUUUUUCCUUCUUUCCCCACUCUCACCGAUGUUUGAUUGAGGAGGAGAAAGAGCAAGGGAAGUAAGAUUGUUUGCAUAGACAGAGAGUAGGCAAAUGGCGAUUGAAUACGAGCCCAUCAAGGCAUGUAAUGCCGAUGAAAUGCAGGAUUGUACGCAGGACAAGCAUUUGAAGAUGAAUGGCAAUGCAGACAAAAUCGAAGAUGAUGAUGAUGAUGAUGAUAAGGAAAUGGGACAAUUGGCCCUUCAGAUCUCUGAAACAACCAUUUCCAACAAAGGUGAAGAAGGCCCCUUAACACCCAUUUCCAACUCAACCCACCUUGGCCGCCGCCAGCAACAGCCACAACAUGCGCAGCAGCGUCUUGUUUCCUUGGACGUUUUCCGGGGGCUCACCAUUGUGCUAAUGAUACUAGUAGAUGAUGUCGGUGGACUUCUACCUGCAAUCAAUCAUUCGCCAUGGAAUGGUUUAACCCUUGCAGAUUAUGUCAUGCCAUUUUUCCUCUUCAUUGUCGGUGUUUCACUAGGACUGACAUACAAGAGAUUGUCAUGCAGAGUUACUGCAACUAGAAAAGCAAUAUUGCGGGCAUUAAAGCUUCUGGUCCUAGGCCUUUUUCUACAAGGAGGCUUCUUCCAUGGGCUCAACAAUUUAACUUAUGGGGUGGAUAUUCAACAAAUGAGAUUGAUGGGUAUACUGCAGAGAAUUGCUAUAGCAUACUUAGUAGCAGCAAUCUGUGAGAUUUGGCUGAAGGGUGAUCAUCAUGUAAAAUCAGAAUUAAAUCUGCUGAGGAAGCAUCGGUUUCAGUGGGUUGCUGCAUUGGCACUUACUAUUAUAUAUAUUUCCUUGUUAUAUGGUUUAUAUGUUCCUGAUUGGGAAUAUCAGAUUCCAGUUGCAACUUCUUCCUCAGCACCAAAGUUUUUUUCAGUGAAAUGUGGAGUACGAGGUGACACUGGACCAGCUUGUAAUGUGGUUGGAAUGAUUGAUCGUAAAAUUCUGGGUAUUCAACAUUUGUACAGGAAACCAGUCUUUGAAAGAACAAAGCAAUGCAGCAUCAACUCACCUGAUUAUGGCCCAUUACCUUCUGAUGCCCCUUCAUGGUGUCAAGCCCCCUUUGAUCCUGAAGGACUCCUGAGUUCAGUGAUGGCCAUGGUUACCUGCUUGGUUGGUUUGCACUAUGGGCAUAUCAUUGUCCACUUUAAGGAUCACAGGGAUAGAAUUCGUCUCUGGUUGAUAUCAUCUUCAGGUCUUUUAGUCUUGGGGCUUGCCUUGGACUUUUUUGGAAUGCAUGUUAACAAGGCUCUUUACACAUUCAGUUACAUGUGUGUUACUGCUGGUGCUGCUGGCUUUCUCUUUGCAGGAAUUUAUCUACUGGUUGACAUCUGUGGAUAUCGACGCAUGACAUUGGUGUUGGAGUGGAUGGGGAAGCAUGCAUUGAUGAUUUACAUCCUUGCAGCCUGCAAUAUCGUGCCAAUUAUUAUACAGGGGUUCUAUUGGAAGCAGCCACAGAACAACAUUCUUAGCUUAAUUGGCAUUGGAACAUGAAGUAGCAGUUUUGUUGCAAUCCAUGGGAAUAUAGGGUAGCACUUUGCUCAACUGGAGGCUCUCUCUCUCCACUCAAAAGUAGAGUAGUAUGGUAGGUUGGACAGAAGGUUGGCUUAUAUGUUUAUGCAUAUAAAGAGCAGUUGCUGAGCUUCUCUUCUCUUCUGCGUUUCAUAUAUUUAAAGGACAACUGAAUAUCAAUAUCCAUGCCAUCUCAACUUUGUAUCACAGGGCGGAAUGCUUCAUUGUCUCUACUAAUGGGAAUUAAUCUGAUCAUCACGAGAUUAUCAUUUUGGCAUU